CACCCCCCCUCCAACCCCGUCUCCGCCCUGGUGAGUCAGUGUUCAGCCGAAACGCAAAGCAAAGAUGCGCAUCACACAAUGACAAAUACCACAUAAAAAAGGAAGUUGCAGGAAAAGAAAAGCUGGAUCUUGAAUUUGUGCUGGAAGUUGUGAGGUCUUGUACAGACACACUGCCCGGAUUACUCAGGAGAGUCAGUCACCAUGUCGCUGCUGCAUCCACUGCUACUACUGCUGCUGCUAGGUGGCGCUGUGCCAGGCGGGCACGCACUCUCCAUGUGCGGAUGGAGGAAGCAGCUUGCUGAUGGGAAUAACCUGCGCUACUACCGCAGUUCCACAGACGAUACGGUGACUGUGCUGAAUACGGCUAAAGCCCUGAUGGUCAUCUCUCCGUUUGCGCCCUCUGGUAACAUUACCCUGCAGACGCAUGCUGGGAUGUACGUCUUCUGCGUGCACUGGCUUCCCGCUCUGCGCAUCUUCAAUAUCACCUAUGGGGUGACCAAGUCAUGGGAGGUCUCACCCAGGUCGGACAUGGAGGAUGAUGUCUCUCUACGGCCCACGCCACCCACCAGCUGUGACCCUGAGUUCCCCCUGAUCAACGUGACCAUCAAUGGACAGCUAAAGGGGAAUUCAUGUCACUUCAACUACUCCAUCCAGGCUCUGAGCUCCGACACCGCAUCCCUAGAACACGAGAUCUCGCAGGUGGGCGACUACCUGGACAGGUCAGGACUCCGCGGGAACAGGCGAGAGCUGCGCAGGUGGAUUGAUACGGCGCUGUCGGCGGUACAGUUGGAUGGGGACAGACACCAUUUUGGGAAGGGGUCACUGGAGGCAGCAGUGUACAGGCUGGACUCUGCUGAUGUGCUAAACUCUAUUCCUGAGAGUCUGGGGGUCUCUCUGCAUUUCCCAACACAGCUGUUAGAGACGGUGAUGGAUAAACCUGCCAUGAGACUGUACGUGGUCCGACUCCACGGCCCUUCUCUCUUCCAGGAUGCCGCAAACAGCACGCUGCUCGGAGAUCAAGUGGUCGGCAUCAGCCUGCAGGACACAAAGGUCACCAACCUCCCUGAGGAUAUAGUACUCACCUUUCAGCAUCAGCCCAUACAGGGAAACCUCUCACCAUUGUGUGUGUUCUGGGACGAAUCAUCCGAUGACUGGAGCACCUACGGCUGCCGAACCGCCCCCAGCGUGCGCCACACUUCCUGCCGCUGUAACCACCUGACUUACUUUGCUGUGCUGAUGCAAGUGUCCAGUGAGGUGAUAUCUGAGGUGCACCUCGUGUCUCUCUCUGUCCUGACAUUCGCUGGAUGCAGCAUCUCCGCUCUGUCCUGUCUCUUCACCAUCGGCUGGAUCUGCUGCACCAGGAAGAUGCAGACAAACCCCACGUUACAGAUCCACAUGAACCUCUUGGGGGCGGUGUUACUCCUGGACCUGAGCUUUAUUCUGAGCGCGGUACUCGGAGCUCUGGAGGAACAGAACGUUUGUAGAGGCUCCGCCAUUGCUCUGCACUUUGCUCUGCUCUGCACAUUCGCCUGGAUGGCCAUCGAAGGCUUCAACCUCUACCAACUGGUGGUCAAAGUCUUCCAAUCGUCUUCUGUGUCAGCUCUAAAACUCGCCCUGCUGGGCUGGGGGGUGCCUGUCCUGAUUGUAACGUCUAUUAUUCUGAUGGAUGUGGCGAAUUACGGUGUAUACUACAUUAAGGUGGAGCGACCAUUUUCCCAGAACUCCACCGCUUCUAUAUGUUGGCUGACUGAACCCAUCGUCCAUCAAGUUGUGAAUUUGGGAUUUUUCGCCACUGUUCUGCUAUUUAAUAUCUGUAUGCUAGUUGCUAUGACCCGGCGGGUCCUGCGACUAUCUGUUCACACCCGGGGGGAGAAGAUCCGCCAUUGUGUCACGUUGCUGGGUCUAAGCUGCAUGUUGGGUCUGCCAUGGGGCACAGCAUUCUUCUCCUUUGGAGCCCUGUACCUGCCAGUCCAAUACUUUUUCAGCAUCUUAAAUGCCCUACAAGGCUUGUUCAUCUUCCUGUGGUAUUGUGCACUGUCCCAGCCUUCCGCCAAGCAUCCACUGCCUUCCUCCGAGAGCACCAGCACCGUCCCAAUGUCUCCCCGAGCAGACCAGAGCACCAGCAGUGACCACAAGAAGCUCCUGACAUGAUCCGUCGGCGGCCCCUGGUCGACACUCGCUGUAGCACUUUCCUAGGAGUCACGACGCUUCGCCAGGACGUACAGACUCUGGGGCAGUAAUAAGCUUUGGGCGUAUGCCCCGGGGGCACCAAUUGUAUAGAAUCACACGUCUAUUGCAGGUUAUUCCAAGGACCGGGUGCUAGAACAUGCACCUGCUGGUCAGGUGUGGACAGUUUAGACUGCAAGCUCUUAGGGAUAAUAUUGGAUUGUAUUUGUAUGAAGGGUCUGGGGGUGGCUGUGUGGUAUGGAUGAGAGGGGCUUGUCUGUUAGCAGUGUAGCACGGAGAAUGCGCAGUGACUGCGCUAACGUUAGACGUUGCCGCAGAAUGAGGCGGAUCAGGGAUUAAUCGCUGUUUGGAAGGGAAAGAUUUUUACAAAAUUAGAAGAAAAAAAAGAUAAAGAUCUUUAUGGAUUUUAUUUGAGUUAUUCUACACGUGUCCGCGAGGCUGCUGUGGUCUUACCACGUCUCAUUCAUCCCGCAACACUUAGCCCCGGGGCACGUAUGCGGAACCAUUACCAUGUUGGGGGGAGGGGGGGGGACGCUGCUGCAGGGACACUGCUGGGAUCUCCGUAUGCAGCCCCUGCUGACGUGUGUUACACACGAGUUGCACAACACGCAGUACAGCUACCAGAACUCUCACCUGUCACCUUUAUAUCUGAUUAGUGCCGACACCACUGACACGUGGGCAUUAGUCACUGACUGGAUUGUUGCACGCAAACACUGGAUUCUACUAGAAAUGUUAUAUAAGAUAUAUAACGUGUGCCAAUGUAAUAUAUAACUGAUGUAUGUGUAUAUAUGGGGUAGAAAUAAAGAGUUUAUAGAA